CAACAAGUCAUGUUUCAACAUCUAUCGCGGUAAUUUCGCGCCAGGCAUCGGGCUUGGAUGCCACCGUCGUUGGCUGUUUGUCUGUCUAUGGCGACUAAUUUCUGGGUUCCAGCCUAGUUGUGCAGUUUUGAAAUAGUUCUUCUUCGGCACGGCGAAAAGAAAGAACAACGGACGUCGUGGCUUCGGUGUACUACGGUUUGGCCCGCGGAUGUUCGCAUUACGGUCAUUACCAGUGCCAGUUUAACGAUAAAUCAAUACAUUUGUGAACCACCAGAAACGUCGUCGUCGUCGUCGCCGCCGUCGUGACUCAGAGCAGCAACGGACAACAAAAAAAAACAAAACAAUUUUGUACCAAAAGUACCGCAAUUGACCUGUCUAGUGCUGGUGCUACUUUCGGUGUCAACAGUUCUGACAGCUCCUCCCUGACGUGGGGAGCCGAGCAUCGAGGAACCGUUCUUAGACGGUUAUCCGACCAGUUUUCCUGCCAGUACUGCGCUUGAAGUGUGCCAGCAUCCAUCAAAUGCCCCGGUGGGGUGUUGUUUCAGUGCAUUCAAGAUGCAUAUUCCAAUUUUAUUAUUCGCAGUGGUGCUGCUCACAACAGAAAUUUUUUGCGCACAUCUAGUGGAAUUUGUGUCCAACUACCGGACGGACUCACAGAUUAACUACUCCUUCCGAUACUACAUCGACCACCCGCAGUCCGGUGUUUCUCUUGAUCACUGGGAAGAUCGACGCGGUGAUUACGUACACGGUGGCUACGGAGUUCUCGAUCCGGGUGGAUACGUCCGUACGGUGCACUACGAGGUUGAAGGCGGCAGCGGUUUCCGGACGGUUAUCAAAACGACUGCACCAGGCAGCUCGUCGCAAUACAACAUUUACAGCGGCAAGCGGGCCCAACCUGCGCAGCCCGUGUGGAACACCCAGCCGGUUGCCUUCGUGCACAACGGCAAUAAAUCCUAGUUUCAUCUUUGACUCCGACAUCAGUUUAGUGUACUGGCCCAGUACUGCACCGUAUCAGCAUGCAGCUUGAGGGCCUGAGUCGCCCUGGUCUCUGCUUAUCCUUCGCGGUGCUCCUUUUCACGAGUGUUGCGGUAUUAUUGUGCAACGACUUGCACUUUCUUCGAGGUUGUGGCGAGUGACCCAUUAAUGUCGUAUUUCUCCUCGUUUUACUAACAAAUCUCCUCUUUCCACGGGAUAAAUAAACUAUGUGCUUAACGAAAACUGAAAACUAUUGAUCGCCUGUGUUCAUGGAAAGCCAGCUUAUCUGCGUAGAUUCAAUGUAAAUAAAGUUAUUUUAGUGUCAUUGGAAGAAAAAAAAAACUAA